CUCACUCUCUCUCUCUCUCUCUCUCUCUAGAACUUGUAUGGCAAAUCGAUUGUUUCGCAGUUUGGGUAGAAUUUGUUUGCCGUCACUGCUCAAGCACUCUUCUUCCAACUCUCUCUCUUCCAGGGCAAUUAUCCACCACUUAGAACCAAUUUUGGCUCCUUGCGGAGCUCCGACUCCAUUCAAUCCAUCAAAACCUUGGUGGGUCUUGAGAAAUUUCAGUCACGGUUCAGUCAAUCUUGUGAUAUCUCAAGGAAAACCCAAGUUCGAAACCAACGAAAUUGAUCCGCCGAAGAAGGAGAAGUGGAAGACGAAGAAGAGGCUGAAGCUGCAUAGGAAGAGAGACAAACAGAAGAGAAAAUCGGCUAAUAAGAGAGACCCCAGACGUAUUGGCAUCAAAGGGAAGAAAAGGAAGCAGAAGUUUGCCAAUGCUGAGGAACGAAUCAAGUACAAGCUUGAAAAGGCAAAAAUUAAGGAAGCUUUACUGAUUGAAAGACUCAAGCGAUAUGAAGUUUCUAAACUUCAGGGUCCUGUUGUUAGACCGGAGGACCUUACUGGUGAGGAGCGGUUCUAUAUGAAAAAGAUGGGCCAGAAAAGGUCAAAUUAUGUACCAGUUGGAAGAAGAGGAGUAUUUGGAGGCGUUAUUCUUAAUAUGCAUAUGCAUUGGAAGAAACAUGAAACUGUUAAGGUCAUUUGCAAGCCAUGUAAACCUGGUGAGGUACACGAGUACGCACAAGAAAUUGAAAGACUGAGUGGUGGAACCCCAAUUCAAAUAAUCGGAGAUGACACUAUAAUUUUUUAUCGAGGAAAGAAUUAUGUGCAGCCAAAAGUUAUGUCACCAAUUGAUACAUUGUCCAAGAAAAGGGCACUUGAAAAAUCCAAGUAUGAGCAAUCACUCGAGUCUGUCAGGCGCUUCAUUGCCAUUGCCGAAAAGGAACUAGAACUUUACUACAGGCACAUUGCACUUUAUGGUGACCCAAGUAAUCGGAAUCCCAGCUUAAUCCUUACAGGCCCAAAGAAAGGCACUGAGAAGCUGAAGAGGGUUGGAACAGCUGGAAGGGAGAAUACUGAUUCGAGUUUUGAUGGCUGUUCCCCUACUCAUUCAGAUACAGAAAUUGAUUCAACAGAGCAAGAACUAUCAGAAACUGACGAUGUUUUUGAAGACGAAGAAGACCUUGCCGCAAGUGAAUUAGAAUAUGAGGAUGACAAAAUAUCUAAUAGUGCCUCGGAUUUUUGUGUUGAAGAAAGAGAAGGGAGCUCUUCCAGUAUUGAAGAAAGCUCCACCAGAAUGUUAGGUUCACCCUCAAUAUUUAGAAGUGAAUAGGAUUUCGAUAAUUAAGGUUCUUUGAAGAGAAAAUAAACUGUAAACACAAUGUAUAAUUUAAUUUAAUUACCCAAAGAAAGAAAUUUUAGUUUAAUUUUC